AGCCCAGGACUUCCACAUCCAGCUUCUUCACCUGCGGGAUCGUCUGAGGGGGGAGCCAAUGGAGACGUGGCCCAUCCUCACACCCGCCUGACUGUCAAUGCCCCCCACCUUUCCUACAUGUGCGAGGUGGGUGCCAACGUCACCCUGCUCUGUGCCCAGAGAGGUGCCAAGCUGCACCCCUCGGACCACCUGCAUCAAAGCUGGCUUUUCACCCCCCACUCAGCUGAGCAUUGUCACGACAAGGUGCACCCCCGCGACCACAAUCACCGGGGCAACCAUUCCAGUGCGGCGCUUCCUUGGGGGGUAAAGUACGGGGCAAGCGAAGAGUCUUUCUGGGUGCAACUACAGCUUGUCAACAAUUCUGACCAAGGGCGUUACUGCUGCCUCUCCCUGGAUAUUAACAAUGGCAAGGUGGUGCAGAGGACGCAUAGCCACGUCGUUCUCACUAUCACACCUCGGAAAAGAGACGAGUCGAAAUGCACUCUAUUGGACAUCAAGCCAGCAGAAGGGUCAGUGACUGCAGGCCUGGCCACAGCUGCUUGCAUCAUAGCUAUUCUCUCGUUGCCCAUCAUCCUGGUGUUAGUGUACAAGCAAAGGCAAUCUGCCCAGUCCAGCCAACGUGCACACGAGCUGGUGAGAAUGGACAGUGAGGCUGCGGGCCAUGAGAACCCAGUAUUUCUGGGGGUCUCACCCCCGGGCCAGGCUAAGACCAGGACUGUGUCUCAAAUCAUGACCAGGCAGUCCUCAGAGACUGGCCGACACCUGCUUCUGUCCGACCCUGGCACCCCCCUAUCUCCUCCCGCACACGGAGUUGUCUUCUUCCCAGAACAGGAUCCCAUCCUAGAGUCUCCUGAUUUCCUGCAAGUGUAGAGAGAAGCAGUCAAUGGCUCCCUAACCGAGAAACACCUUGUGGUUAGUUAUUCAUUGUCACUCUGCCAUGUCACUCUGAAGCCUGUCUCACAACCUUCUCUGCUGGGAGAGCUCUCUCUCUCUCUGUACCACAUCCUGGAUGGAUGGGAGAGGGAAGGAGGGGACAGUUUCUUCUAAAAUAAAUGUUCCACCUGCAACAACAACUGGAGGAGGCCAAAGAGGGGGGAUAUGUUCUCGACACUUGUGUUGCAGUGGGGGCCCGCUAAGUAUGUGAUGCACCGUCUGACCACUGACGACAGCUCAAGGACCAGCAGGUGCUCCUGAUCUGAUGUCCCAGGACAGUACUGAGGAGGAUGGGGAGAGUGUGAGUGCAGGGUGGGCUGUAGAGGAUACAAAGCAACUCCCGUGGACUCUUGAUGACAUGCUCCUCACCAUUUCCCUUACCAUUUUCCCCAAAGAGAUUUCCCCCAUAUAGGGCCCGUUCCCCGGACACAGAUUAAGCAUCAAUCUAGACAGAAAACAGUGUAAACUUUGGUUUAGACAUUUGUUUUCCACUAAUAUUUGACAAACCUAUUUUUCAGUGGCAAUUGACGAGACUGACUAGACAGACCUAGAAAAACGAACUGAACGAAAGUGAUUUUUCAUUUCAGUUGACUAAAAUGAGAUAUGACAACAUCUAUCUCUGUGAUUAAAAUCUGACUCUUUAGUGGACAGGACAAUAGUUUUUGAACAAAUCUAGCACUUUUCAGUGAUAAGCACAAUUCAUAUUAGCAGGACAGAUGUAGUUCUUUUCAGCAGUAGGAAGGAUGCACCACACCCGGCACACACAGCCUCCAUCAGCUGGUGAGCUGGGGGGGAGCAAGGAUUAGUGUGGACAGGCUUCGCUCCAGCUCCGUCUUCGAUUAGACACAUUGAGCAGGAAACUCUUCUUAAUUUCCCAAUAUUGCGCAGGCAACUCUUCUUAAUUUCCCGUAGCUAACCAGUCACCACUAGCAUUCUAGUCAGCUACCCUUUGCCUGGUUAAGAAACACAAGCUGCUUUACAAAAUGUAAAACAAUAGCAGCAUUGAGUUUAAUAGUACAACUACAGUCUAGCUAUGUUCUUCUCUUCCUUGAGUAGAGAAAAGUAGGCUGUUUUUUGAAUUUGUAGACUUUACGCAACCCUCCCACUUUCCCCACUGCCUUUCAUAGGCAGGUUCCGUAGCCAAGUCUCCCUCUUUUCCUCAGAGAAAACGCUUGAUGCUAGCCCUUACUGUUCAAAAGAUAUGACCCGGCUCUAUGUUGUUUAUUUUUAUUGUGCAUUGGCGGGCUGCAUUUUAUAUUCAUAAAGAAUAUUGUGGGCCGUGCUAAAAGUAGGCUACUUGCGGACCAGACCGUUAACCAUUUGUUUAGACUACACCUUGUUCAGUCACGUUACCUCAAUAGCUAGCUAUAGCUAACAAACUGGGGCUCGUACAGCAGUAUGCAACUUUUUGGAAUGUUCAGAUAGAAAUAUGCUAUGUAGAACAAACAUGCCUCUGACAUUUUGCUACUGAACGUGGCUCUGGUAUUACCAGUAGCCCACUGUAUAUGCAAACAUUUGGAAGAAAGGAAUUGCAAAAAAUGUAUUGACUAAAUUCUUCUUGCCACUACACCUAUAUCUGACUCGGUAAAUAGAGUUAAUGUGUACCCAGUGACUCGAGCACUGGGACUUUGUGUGUGUGUGUGUGUGAUAUCUAUGCAAUAUAAAUUAUGUGAAUAAAAUGAAAGAGCAUUUAGUUGACUAAAAUGGCCCAUUGUUUUCUUCAUUUUGACAAUAACUAGAUUAAAUCAUUAUUACAUUUUUUUUUACUAAGACGUAAUAUUUCUGUCAAAAUUACUAAGACUAGACUAAAUCUAAAAAAGAGGGACACAAUUAAAUGGAGAUUCUCCAUUGAAAGUGCUUCUUAGUCCAACACCAUUAGCUUUAUCUGUGUCUUGGAAACUGGCCCAUAGUGUUCUACUUCUUUCUAUGAUGUUUCCCUCUUCCUAUGGCUCUGAUAUGCAUAUUCAGCACAUUUGCUUGUGCCAAAGUGAUCAGGUUAGUAAGAGGUACCCAUGUGCUGACAGUAGUCUUUUAAGGCCAUUUCCAACCAGCCUUAAACAAUUGUUUCUAAAAAUGUGUUUCUCUGAGCUGUUGUAACGAGACCAAAGCCCCACUUUUAUUUAUCUAAAUGUCCCAUUCUUGUGUUGUUCCUCUUUCCCCUUUUAUAUAUUUCACUACCUAAAAUACUGUGUUUCUGUAACCCCCCUCCAUCCCUUCCCUUUCCUCACUCUUAUUCCUUCCCACACCCUUCUCUGCACGUAACAAUGUCCAAAUAUUCAACCAGUACUAGAAACUGUCAAAUAAAUAUUAGAGAUAUAUUGCUAUGCUGGAUGGUCUGUUUUUGAAGAGAAGUGUCAAUUUUGGCUAGUGGAUGGAUCUAGUAACCCAAACUCAAUGAGCCAAAUGCCUUCACUGCCAAGAUGACCAAUGUGUUUAUUCCAUGGUGUUCUUGUGAUAACUGUUUUGUGAUAUCCUUUGGCAUAUUUAGUGCUUAUACUUGAUUAUUUGUUAUCUUUAUGUUUAUCUAUCUGUAUGUAUACAUAAGGGAAUUGAAAAGUUGUUGACCAAAGCACAAUCAGACAGAGAAGGACAGUGAAAGCAUGUGUGAAGUCGACUAAACUGGCAAUUCAGACAUGAUGUUUAGAUUGUGUCUACGGUAGUGAUAGGUGGCUAUCGAAUACUACUGUAGAUAUUAGAUAAGGGGUGUUCAGUGAAUUGUAAAAAAAAAAAACACACCCUGAAAUUAGUCGUGUGUGUGUGUGUGUGUGUGUGUGUGUGUGUGUGUGUGUGUGUGUGUGUGUGUGUGUGUAAUAGCCAAACAGCUGCAGCUUUGGCAACACCAUAUGAAAUAAAGCCUUUCCCAAAAAUAAUGAAAUAAAAUGCUAAUGUAAUUUUUUCUAUAAUAAAUCGGCGCUCUUAAACCUU